AUGACUGAUCAAAAGCUGCUGCAGGUGUUCUGGAGAAGCUUCAGCCGCAAGGAACAGAAAAUAUUUGGUUGUGGAGCUCUCAUUGCUACUUGUCUCAUUAUUGCACUCACAUUCUCCACUCUUUUCAUGAAGCCCUAUCUUCAUCCUAUAUCAACAUACCACGAGAGUGUAGCUCAAGUGAUGUCCGUCGCCGUUUCCAUAGGAAAGAGCUUUCACCAGAGUGCAGCGGUUAAUCGGAGUAUUAUUCGUAGCUGGAGCAAUUCAAGAUCGGAUGUGUAUGAAAUAAGUGGCGACGUGAGAUUAGUCCACGGCCGCCGCUCGUCCACAAUCUUCGUAGAUUCUCCUAUAGUUAUAAACAACAACGCCUCCGGGUGGACACUGAAACCGUACGCCCGAAAAUUCGACAAGGUCGCCAUGAGUAAGGUCUCCUCUCUAACACUCAGACACGCAAUACCGAUGCCUAAUGACUGCGACAAGACGGCGCGGAGUAGUACCCCAGCCAUCGUCUUCUCCACGGGCGGCUACGUAGGGAAUCAUUUCCACGCCUUCACCGACAUCCUCCUCCCCCUCUACUCCACGUCCGUUCGGUUCAGCCGGGACGUGAUCCUCCUCAUGCUCGACGGCUCCCCCUCGUGGGCCCACAAGUACAAGAACAUCCUCGACCGACUCUCCCAACACAACAUCAUCUUCGUCCACGAGCCCGAGAACCGUGACCGCGUGUUCUGUUUCUCGCGGCUCAUCGUGGGCCUCAAGGCCAACGAGGAGGAGCUCAUGACCGACGAGCGCUCGAUGCCCGAGUUCACCAAGUUGGUCCGGAGCGCGUACUCCCUCGAGAGGGGUGCCGUGAAUCAUUCGAAAAUGAUCGUCCCCAAGAUGCUCGUGGUGUGUCGGAGGAGGGGCCGGCGCCUCGUGAACCGGGCGGAGGUCGCCCGUGUGGCGCAGGGGCUAGGGUUCGAGGUGGCGCUGCGGGAGAUGGGGGAGGAGGUGGCGGAGGCCGCGCGGCUCGUGAACGGGUUCGACGUGAUGGUGGCGGUCCACGGGGCGGGCCUCACCAACAUGGUGUUCCUUCCACAAGGGGCGGUUGUGGUGCAGGUCGUGCCUUACGGGCUGCACUGGAUAGCCCAACGAUGCUUCGAGGCCCCGGCGCGGAGCAUGAAGCUGAGGUACCUCGCGUACGAGGCUGGCAUAAACGAGAGCUCGUUGGGAAACGUUACGAACCCGGACACGGUAAGCCGACAGGGGUGGGGUGCUUUUAAGGCUCUGUAUUUGGACGGCCAAGAUUUGCGGGUGGAUUUGGGUAGGUUUAGGGGGACUCUUAUGAAGGCACGGGAGCUGCUCCUGGCGGACAAGAAGUGA